UUAAACGAGUGAGAAGCUAGCAGAGAUCAUACCAACCGAUCUCUAGCUAGCUAGCUUGUUCAAACUUGGUAGUUCCCACUUUUAACACAGCUAUUUUAAUUAGAUCUGUGUUAUACAUGUAUGAUAUGCAGCCCAACACAGAAAGUGAGGGAGAGAAAGAGCUCACUACUAGAAACAUGGAGAAUGGUGAGAAGGCUGCAGUUACAAACUCAGACGAGCCUGAAGUUAAGUACAGUGGGAUCAAAGCCAUGCCCUUUGUUAUAGGGAAUGAGACCUUUGAGAAGCUAGGAACCCUGGGAACCUCAUCCAACCUGUUGGUCUAUUUCACCACAGUCUUCAACAUGAAAAGCAUCACAGCUACCACUGUUGUCAAUGUCUUCAAUGGCACCACCAACUUUGCUACCUUGCUAGGAGCCUUCCUCUGUGAUACCUAUUUCGGCCGUUACAACACCUUGGGAUUUGCUUCUGUUGCUUCUUUUCUGGGAAUGCUGGUGCUAACUCUAACAGCUGCAAUUGCAAAGCUACAUCCUCCACACUGUGGGCAAAGUGGGCCAUGCAGUGGCCCAACAUCAUGGCAAAUGGCAUUUCUGUUGAGUGGGCUUGGACUACUAGUUGUUGGAGCUGGUGGGAUUAGACCCUGCAAUUUAGCCUUUGGUGCAGACCAGUUUAAUCCCAAUAGUGAAUCAGGGAAGAGGGGUAUGAGUAGCUUCUUCAAUUGGUACUACUUCACCUUCACUUUUGCCAUGAUGGUCUCUUUGACAAUCAUUGUCUAUGUGCAAUCUAAUGUGAGCUGGGCAUGGGGGUUGGCAAUUCCCGCAUUUCUCAUGUUCUUGUCAUGUGCAAUGUUCUUUUUGGGUUCGAAAAUUUAUGUGAAAGUGAAACCAGAUGGUAGUCCAUUGACAAGUGCAGUGAGGGUUUUAGUGGCCGCGGCCAAGAAGAGGCGAUUGAAGUCACCGGAGCAACCGUGGUUGUCACUUUACAAUCAUAUACCAACCAGCUCUAUCAACUCCAAGAUUCCCUACACUGAUCAACUCAGAGUCCUGGACAAAGCCGCAAUCAUCACCGAAGGAGACACAUUCAACUCAGACGGAUCAGUAGCAAACCCUUGGAAACUCUGCACAAUGCAAGAAGUAGAACAAGUGAAAUGCCUUGUUAGAGUGAUCCCCAUAUGGUUCUCAUCCCUCAUAUUCUACAUUGCCAUUGUCCAACAGCAAACCUCUGUAGUCUUCCAAGCACUUCAAUCCAAUAGGCGCCUCAGCGGCACCAGGUUCGAUAUCCCUGCCGCGACUUACGCAGUCUUCACAAUGCUGAGCCUCACACUCUGGAUCCCCCUCUACGACAGAGUCAUCCUCCCGAAACUGCGAAAAAUUACAGGAAUAGAAGGCGGUAUCACCCUGCUUCAAAAGAUGGCUUUUGGGAUGAUGCUUGCCAUAUUAACAAUGCUGGUCUCUGCUUUAGUUGAAGUGAAGAGAAAAAGCUUGGCCCUGUCUAGUCCCAUAGGAAUGGACACAAGAACAGGUGCAAUUUCUUCCAUGUCUGCCUUUUGGCUCAUACCACAGUUGACCCUAAUAGGGCUCGCUGAGGCAUUUACCGUCAUAGCCCAAGUGGAGUUCUACUACAAGCAAUUCCCAGAAAACAUGAGAAGUAUUGGCGGUUCUUUUUUGUUUGUGGGGUUUGCAGGGUCGAAUUACUUGAAUGGUUUAUUGGUGUCGAUAGUCCACCAUACGACUAGUCGUAAUGGGUCUAUGGGGGACUGGUUGCCUGAGGAUCUUAACAAGGGGAAAUUGGAUUACUUUUACUACUUGGUUGCUGGAUUGGAGUUCAUAAAUUUGGUUUAUUUUGUGCUAGUUGCUAGGUGGUUUAAGUACAAAGGAAGUGGUGGCACUGUUGCCUCUGAAGUUGGGUUGGAAAAUAUGCAAUCUGAGGACCGUCUUGUUUGAUAGCUUAGCCAAUUGUGAUAAUGUAGAAAUGUCCUCUAGAAUGAAAAAUUCUUAGAUACAACAGGUGUGUACAGUGAUCACUUCACGUGCGAUUAUAUAAUUAGUAGGUAGCGCUAAAAAGCUUUUAUAUACUUGCUGUCUUGCUAUAAGCAAAAAUUUCUCAUCCAUUACAUAUAAGUAAUGAAAAUAAAGGAAGGAGAAUGAUUUAUAUU